AUGGUAAACGCAGCUUUCUUGCCUGAUGGCUCUCAGGUUAUUAUAGCUGGAAGGAGGAAGUUUUUUUACAGCUUUGAUUUAGUGAAGGCCAAAGUUGAUCGAAUAGGACCCCUUGUCGGUAGAGAGGAAAAGAGCUUGGAAGUUUUUGAGGUUUCGCCUGAUUCUAGUACAAUUGCCUUUGUGGGCAAUGAAGGAUAUAUCUUGUUGGUUUCCACUAAAACAAAGGAAUUGAUUGGGACACUGAAGAUGAAUGGAACUGCUCGUUCUUUAGCUUUUUCUGAAGAUGGGAAGCAAUUAUUGAGCUCUGGCGAAGAUGGACAGAUUUACCACUGGGAUUUGAGAACAGGAGCUUGCUUCCAUAUGGCUGUUGAUGAAGGUUGUAUAAAUGGCACAUCUCUGUGUACAUCUCCAAAUGGAAAGCUGUUUGCUGCUGGUUCAGACAGCGGGAUUGUCAAUAUCUACAACAGUGAAGAGUUCUUAGGAGGCAAGAGGAAACCUAUCAAGACAAUCGAGAAUCUCACAACCAAAGUAGAUUUUCUCAAGUUCAAUACCGAUUCUCAAAUACUGGCUAUCUGUUCGAGCAUGAAGAAGAACAGCUUGAAGUUGGUACAUGUUCCAUCAUUGACUGUCUUCUCUAACUGGCCUCCGCAAAAGAAGACCCUGCACUAUCCCCGGUGCUUGGAUUUCAGUCCUGGUGGAGGUUUCAUGGCCAUGGGAAAUGCUGCUGGAAAAGUGUUGCUUUACAAGUUGCACCACUAUCAUGAUGCAUAA